AAGAGUUUUACUUCCGAAUUUUCAUUAUUAGUGAAAUAUUUCUUGAUAUAUUUGGAACAAAGAUUUUUUUCUUUUUUUUAAUAAAGUGAAUAAUUGUGAAAAAAAGGAGGAAGAAGAAAAAAAGGGGAAUUUGAUCGAAAAAGUAUUAAUUUUUCAAAUUUGUGAAAAAUUGUGUUUUUUGUGAGCGUGUGAAAGAAGAGGGAAAAUUAUUUUUCUUGAAAUGAAUAAAUUAGGUUCCUUGGCCGGUGGUUCUUUAUCAUUGACAGGAAAUUCCUGCAACUCUCCAUCAUCUCCAGGAACGACUGUUCGUCCUCAUCUUAGUGCGGCUAAAAGUGUCGACAGCGAGAAAUAUGAAUUGGGAUCCCAUGGUUAUGGAAAGAACAGCGUGAAAUUAUUGCACGUUCGUCGAAGUAAUGAAUAUCAUGAAAUCCGUGAAUAUGAGGUUGACACGCAUUUGCGAUUAAAUACACAGAAGGAUUAUUUAACUGGCGAUAAUCGUGACAUAAUAGCGACGGACAGUCAAAAAAAUACCGUCUACUUGUUGGCGAAAAAAUACGGCGUGAAGUCGCCGGAGGAAUUUGGAUUAUUAAUUUGCGCCCAUUUUCUUGAGACUUAUAAACACGUCGAGGAAGUUAAUGUCAAUGUCGAGGAAUAUCCCUGGACCAGACAUCAAGUCAAUGGCACACUUCACAAUCAUGCAUUUGUCUUGACUCCCAUGGCCACGAGAUAUUGUCAAGUCACUCAACUUAGAAAUGAGGAGCCACGAAUUCGAGGCGGUUUAAAGGGAUUACGUGUUUUGAAGACGACACAAAGUUCGUUCACUGAUUUUAUUCAAGACGAAUAUCGAACAUUGCCGGACGCUAAUGAUAGAAUAUUUAGCACUGAAGUGAUAGCGUCGUGGGAUUUUUCGACAUCGUUAAAUGUUGAUUUUGACAAUGUUUGGUACACCGUUAAGAAUUGUAUUCUCGAGAAUUUCGCCGGCCCACCUAAAACUGGAAUUUACUCGCCGAGCGUUCAAAAUACACUCUAUCGUGCCGAGAAGCACGUGUUAGAUAAAAUUGAUCAGAUUUGCAGUAUCGAAAUGAGAAUGCCAAAUAAACAUUACUUUGAAUUGGAUCUUUCGAAAUUUCCCACAGUCAUUCAGGAUAAAAACAAAGAAGUUUAUUUGCCAGUUGACAAACCGUCGGGAAUAAUUUAUGCACAAUUAAAUAGAAAAGAUGUUAAAUCCAAACUUUAAUAAGUAAAAAAAAAAAAAAAAAAAAAUUAUUAAAAAAGAGAAGAAGAAGACAAAAACCUUUGACAAAGAAAAAUAUAAAAAAUUUAAUAUUUUCUUUGUAAGACAGUAUUUUGUGUAUAUUUUAGAAAAUUCCUUAGGUUAUUUUAUAAAAUUAGAGAAAUUUGUUUUUAAUUUUAAUGAUUUAUGUUUAGAACAGAAAAAAGAGAAGAUUAUAUUUUGAAUAAAUAAAAUUGUAUUCAA